AUGUCUCUCUAUCAUGAGGCUGCGGAAAUUUUAUCAUCAUCAGCAGACGCCAGCGGAAGCUUGAAAUCACGAGUGUUUGGCAGGAAGAAGGGCAAAUCACCACCCGCACAGCUGUAUGCUCUUGUGCUGGAGAGUGCGAAAUGGAGUCUGGUGCUGAAAGAAGUAAUUGAAAAUGCGGAAAUUCUCAAACUGGAGCGAAAGCUUACGCCAACGCUAGCUUUGCUAUUGGUGCAUGAUUUAUUGCUUGCCAGGGGAGGAAUUGCACUGCCGCAGAGCCACGGACUGAGAGCAUCGAUUGAGCGGCACAAGGCGCGCCUCAGCUCGGAAUUCACGAGGGCGAGGGUGAGGAGAAAGGCGCCGACGGUGGACUUCUUGAAGGAGCUGGUCGAAAGAGCGUCUGCGGGAGAAGAGGCCAAUUACCCGAGAUGGGUGCGUGUCAAUGCCCUCAAAAGCACCGUGGAAGAACAACUGGAGACGACCUUUUCGAAACACAGCAGAGCUGAGAGCAUUCAAGACAUUGUGACGAAGUCAGGCAGACACAUCUACAUUGACCCUCAUGUGCCGAAUUUGCUUGCCAUUUCUGCGGGGAUGGACUUUGCAAAGGUGGAAGCUUAUACAUCUGGGAAAAUCAUCCUACAAGACAAGGCAUCGUGUUUCCCGGCCUAUCUGUUAGACCCACGAUCUGAGGACGGAGAUGUCAUCGAUGCUUGUUCUGCGCCGGGGAAUAAGACGACGCAUCUCGCAGCGAUUCUUUACAAGCGCCGCCCGGAGUUUGAAGAUGCCCCUCAGACGAUUUACGCUUUCGAGAAGGAUUCAAGGAGAGCCCAAACGCUGGAAAAGAUGGUCAAGAUUGCUGGGUCAAAGACCGUCACGCGGAUUGGGUUCGGACAGGACUUUCUUCAAGUGGAUCCUACGUCUGAAAAGUACAAGGAUGUGGGAGCUUUACUGCUGGACCCAAGUUGUUCAGGCAGUGGCAUUGUUGGCCGAGACUCAAUGCCCGAGUUACAUCUCCCAGACCCACCAACAGAGAAUCGUGGUGGCAAGGGGAAACCAACCCUGUCUAGCACGAACAACAAGAAGAGGAGGCACGACGAAAUUGAAGAGCCCGCGCAAAAUGUGCUGGUAGACGAUGAUGGAGUCGAGACCGUGGUGAGGUCAGAGAAAGACCUGGAAGCGCGGUUGGAAGCGCUCUCGUCGUUUCAACUGACGCUUCUGCUCCACGCAUUCCGCUUCCCCCGAGCAAAGAAGAUUACUUAUUCGACAUGCUCAGUUCAUUCUCAGGAGAACGAACGCGUGGUAACACGAGCCCUGGCGUCGGACAUUGCAAAAGCCAAGGGGUGGCGCAUCCUGCGACGAGAAGACCAGGUGAGCGGGCUUCGGGACUGGCCCGUCAGGGGAGUGGUCGAGGCGGCAGAGGGUGACGAGACAGUCGCGGAGGGGUGCAUACGGUCGUAUAAGGGGGACGGCCAUGGGGUAAUGGGCUUCUUUGUUGCCGGGUUCGUGCGGGAUUCGGUCGAUAUGGGUUUGGGGGACCAAUAUGAGGGAGGGGCUUCUGUUGAGGUUGACGGGGAUAGUGGCGAGGGGCCAUAUCUCCGCGACGACGAUGGUCGGAUUUUGCGGGACGUCGUUGGCAUGCCGCUGCUCAAGUCCACGGGGAGACCUGUUUCGCUCCAUGGAGUGGAUGAAGGGGAGGGAGAUGAAGAAGACGAGGAGGAUGAAGAAGGCGAAGAAGACGAGGAUGAGGAUGAGGAGGAAGAUGAUGACAGUAAUGGCGGAGAUGAAGACGAGUGGGGAGGCAUUAGUGAUGCGUAA